AGACUGCAUAGAUGAUACAUGGGUGUGAUUUGAGCGCCCACUUCCCCGCUAGUUGCUAGUUGCAAAGGAUAAGAGCUUCUGCUAUUUGAACAGAUAACAAAAACAUGGGAUGGGUUCUUGAAUUUCUGACCAGAAGUAAAGGGUGUCUUCGUUAACUUGAAAAUCUGGGAAGUCAAAAUUUGGGUAUAGCCAAUACACAGGUAUCUUAACUUAUUAGCAGUCAUGGCAGCUCUACAACUUUCACUGCCGCAUUCAUGGAACAGUAAAAGGUUUCGCCUUCAGCUCGGGAAAUCAAUUGGUCCGUUGCGGUUACCGCCAUCGUGUGCACUAAGCAAGCAAGGGCAACGCUUUUUUACUUCCCUUGCAACAUCUGCCACCGGUGAUCCGUUGGUUACUGAUCGCCUUAUUCGCAAAUUCAUUGCAUCCUCCUCAAAGUCGGUAGCUCUGAAUGCCCUUUCCCAUCUUCUAACGCCAAACUCCUCCCAUCCCCACCUCUCCUCACUUGCAUUUCCGUUCUAUUCCUUGUUAACUAGAGCACCAUGGUUCAGUUGGAACCCUAAGCUGGUAGCAGAUGUCAUUGCAUUGCUUUACAAACAGGAAAGGUUCGAUGAAGCAGAAGCCCUGAUUUCUGAAACAGUUUCAAGUCUGGAUAUUCGAGAGCGUGAACUCUGUACCUUCUAUUGUUGUCUAAUAGAGUUUCAUGCUAAGCACAAAUCAAAGCAAGGAGUCUUUGAUUCAUAUUCCACUUUGAAGCAAAUUCUUUCUUGUUCAUCAUCGAUUUACUUGAAACGGAGAGCCUACGAAUCAAUGAUAUGCAGCUUGUGCGCUAUUGAUUUGCCCUGUGAAGCUGAGAAUAUGAUGGAAGAGAUGAAAGUCCAAGGGAUCACUUCCAAACCGUCUGCAUUUGAAUUGCGAUCUAUUGUUUAUGCAUAUGGAAGAAUAGGCUUGUUCAAAGAAAUGAGCAGACUUUUAUCUAAAAUGGAGAGUGAUGGGAUCAAAAUGGACACUGUUAGUUUCAAUAUGGUGCUCUCAUCCUUGGGAGCUCACGGUGAGCUUUUGGAAAUGGUUUCAUGGCUUCAGCAAAUGAAGUAUCUAAAUGUUCCCCUUUCAAUUCGAACAUACAAUACAGUCUUAAAUGCAUGCCCAUCAAUUAUGUCAAUGCUACAAGAUCCAAAAAGCAUCCCCCUUUCUUUGAAUGAGUUGCUAGCUUGUUUGUAUGAUAAGGAGAAUAUGUUGGUCCAGGAGUUGAUCGUGUCCUCCGUCUUGGUGGAGGCAAUGGGAUGGGCAUCUUUAGAACUGAAGUUGGAUUUGCAUGGAAUGCAUUUGGGUUCUGCCUACUUGAUAAUCUUACAAUGGUUUGAUGAGGUGCGGACAAGAUUUCAACUUGGGCAAGAAGACAUUCCAGCAGAGGUAAGGAUUAUUUGUGGGUCAGGCAAGCACAGUACAGUUAGAGGGGAGUCCCCUGUGAAGCAUUUGGUUAAAGAAUUAAUGAUACGCACAAAAAGUCCAUUGAGGAUUGAUAGGAAGAAUAUUGGAUGUUUUGUUGCCAAAGGAAAAGUUUGUAAGAGUUGGUUGUGUUGAAUUUCUUCUUCUGCGCAGCGAAGAACUAUACGAGGACAGCGUUAAGUUUCUUUAAAUGAAUAGUGUACACGCAGACCUCAAACUUGUCCUAUUUUAAGCUCCCACAUAUAUGCUUCCCUGAGUUAUGCUGUGAGAUUAUUACCACCAUGUUCAUAAAGAUACAUUGCUACCACCUUGAUCCUAAUAUCACAAACAGGUACCUGUCAAAGGAACUUGAUCGACAGUGAUGGUACAUGGUGAUUGUCUAGACUUAACUAAUUGUGCACAAUCACUAGAUGAUGCUGUAAAAUAUUCACCUCCAACAUUUUUCUUUUUGACAAGAUAAUCACGUUGAGGAAAGACCAGGAGCUUUUUCAAGGAAGGAUUGUUUAUAACCUCUCACAUUGAAAGAAAAGCCAGGUUCUUCGAUGAAAUGGAUUUUGUCUAUUCAUAUAUGCACAAUGAAUUGUUUGUAUAUAUAGGUUUAUUAAUCAUGUUAAAUUUCAAAGUUUUUUGUAUGAUUGGUGUUCACUUGGAUGGAAUGGAAUGAAAGAGGGAAUGGAUGGAAAAUUUAUAAAGUUUUAUGAAGAAAGAAGAAAGUACGAGACAAUAAUGAUUAAAUAUAAGAACUCAGUGGUGAUCUUCUCAAGAAGGACUUGUCCAAGUAGAGGGCAUUCUUGUGGAGGUGAUAUCGGCCAUGUUUUUGACAUUGAUGUCAAGGGGAUACAGCUGAUACUCGAUUCCCAGUUCUUUGACGGUUUUAAGUAUCUCUUCCACGAGGAGAGAUCUCCGGUUAUAUCUCUCAAUCAUGUUUUGGUGAUUCAUUUUAUGUGUUGGCCAUAAAGACAUUCUAAUCCUGUUCAACUGAUCAGUGUCCCGCGUUACAAGUAUGGCAUUCGGGUACCAGUGGUCCUUCUUGUUUUCGAUGUAACUGCAAGAGUUAAGAAACUCUGUAAGUUGUAUCUGUUUAGACAUAAUGAGCAUUAUGACUUUUUCA